AUGCGAACUUCGAGCAUGGCCUGCGCUCGUCGCUCUCCCGUCAGCAUCCAGCGAGGCUCGCCACUGCUUCGAAUGGCGCAUUCGUGGGCGCUCGAAGCGAGCCGACCCACAACCCUUCCGAGUCGACUCUCGACAUCACUAUCGAGACCAUCGCUGCUUCGAACGCACGUUUCGCCAUUCAGCACUUCAGCCCGCACGUUUGCCGAGCCGACACCCACCUCUCGGACCCCAUCGACCACCCGCGCGGCUGCCCUGACCGAAGAGUUCCAGCGUCGUCAACGCGAGUCGUACAAGCGGCGCAACCAGUCGCUCUUCAUGUACUCCGCUGCUUUGAUGGUCUUCACGCUCGGCUUCAGCUACGCUGCUGUCCCGCUCUACCGCGCCUUCUGUUCGGCCACUGGCUUCUCCGGAACGCCCAUCACGGAUCCCGAGCGUUUCGCACCCUCCCGUCUCAUCCCCGCAUACCUCGAUCCGAGCACCAACGCGCCCACCAAGCGAAUCCGCGUCACGUUCAACGCCGACGCCUCAGACGCCAUCCCGUGGUCCUUCACCCCGCAACAAAAGGAGAUCUACGUCCUCCCCGGCGAAACAGCUCUCGCGUUCUACACCGCCAAAAACAAGAGCGAUAAAGACAUUAUCGGCAUCGCAACGUAUAACGUCUCGCCCGACCGCAUCGCACCGUACUUUGCCAAGGUCGAAUGCUUCUGCUUUGAAGAGCAGAAGCUGUUGGCGGGCGAGGAAGUCGAUCUCCCCGUGUUCUUCUUUAUUGAUUCGGACGUGCUCGACGACCCGAGCACCAAGGGGGUGGAUGACGUGGUGCUGAGUUACACGUUCUUCAGCGCAAGGAGGAACGCCAAGAGCGGUCAGCUCGAGCCGGAUACCGAUCUGAGCAAGUAUACUGUUGGGAAGGAUCUUUGA